UAAGCUACCCAAAAGAUGACAUAUAGUAGUGCAAGUGUCGUCAACAAGAACCGCAUUAUCAAUUUAUCAUUAUAACAACUCAACAAUUUCUUUUAAUUUCCAAUAUGUGUAUUUCCUUUCUUUAAUUUUAUCAUCCAAACACUUGAGUCCUCCUUGAAAACAAUAAUAUUAAGUUCAUCAAAAUUGAAGUUUGUUGCAUCCAUUUCCAAUAGAAAUUAAAUUUGAAGAAUUUACAAUAGAAAAUUAUUUCAUGGCUCGUGUUUCAGCAAUUAUUAUAGUUGUACUUUCUUGUCUCCUUAAUUUGGUCCUACAAUUGGCAGAUGGGAGUGAGAGCAAGUUGUGUCCACCAUGGUGCGUUACUAGGCUUGAUGCUUCGGAUGCUCGGGUCAAGAUAUCAUUUGAUUGGAUCUGUGAAAAUGGAGCGGAUUGUGGCCCGAUAAAACCAGGCGGGCCGUGUUACGUGGAAGGUGACAUCAAGGCCAUGGCCUCCUAUGCCUUCAAUGACUAUUUCCAGAAGACUAGACCGUCUGGUGGUCUAUGUGAUUAUGGUGAAGUUGCUACUUUAUCUAAUAAAGAUCCCAGUCACGGUGCUUGCAAUUUUAUGUGUACGCCAUACUAGGAACGGGUAAUCAUUCAGAAGUGCGCGUAAAUGAACUCUGAUGAGUCCGACUGUACAUCCAUCAAUCUUAUAGCUAUGUAUUUAUGUUCAUUAUAGACAUAGUAACUAGCAAGACACAAAAAGAAUUAACAUAUACUGGUAGUUAAGUGAAAAUUGAUGUAACUCCAACUGUCAAUUUGACUAUAGUACCUAGUUUGAUAAAGCAAUACAUUAUAUGUUUCUGAAUGACAAAAUAAUUCAGUGGCGAAUAUUAGACCAACAGGGCAGGGCCCCUAUGAGCCUUGGUGAAGAUCCUC